AUGGCAAUAUCAAAGGCCCAGGACGACUUAUGUGCCCAGAUGGUAUCAACCGCUGGUCGCACUGCCAGUGGUUGUCACCACCGGCCCACUGAAAAAGAGACUUAUCGAAUUUUGAAAUCUCAGCAAGGUGAUGACCGCCAAAAAGCCUUGCAAGCCAAGGCAGGAAAACGACAGUUAAAGGCCCUGCACACUACAUAUAGGACAAAUCCUGAGGGAUUUGAUAACAAGCCCACUGAGCUGCUGAGCAAUGUGGACCGGGUUGAAGAUAACAUGUUUACCAAUCGGCAUGUACCUGCCAAGCCAUAUGAGCCACAGGUACUUGCUUUCAGUUCGAGCAAAACGCUUGCUCCUGUAUUGGCUCGAAAGACAAAAGAUUCUCCUGUGAUGGCUCGAAGGACAAAAGACUCUCCUGUAUUGGCUCGAAAGAUGAAAGAUUCUGUGCCUGUGGUGUCUGCUGAUGAUGCCAGUAGUGAGGACAGUGGUGAUGAGGUUGAAGACACUUCACAACACCAGCUGGAGGUCUCUGAUGAAGACAUCAAGCCAAAUAUCAAAGCUUUACAUGGAAGACGCCAGCAUUUAAAGGCUGCAGAUUUUGAUCAUAUCACCAAGGAUGUGCUUGCCACCACCACAUCCAUUUACCGCUGUCUAGUGGUCACUCAGGCACCUUUUCCAGAAAUGCUCUUGGUUGAAACCAUGCUAGCAAAACAUGCUUGGCAUGAGGCAUCUGAUAUUACUGGACUUACCAUCCAACUUAUGCCUUCAUUAGUGAAAAUGAUGACGAGGCGCACAUCCCAUGCAAGCUGGUCAAUGACAACUAUCAAGGCAAACCAUGACUUGGCAGAGUCAUUGAAGGAAGGGAUAUCAUUUGUUUUCAAGGAUUGGGAGAUGAAAACUGGCAUCUACAAAAUGGAAUUGAUCCAGAAAGCAAUUAAUGAUAUGUGGUUUGCCAACCGCAGUGACGAAGGUAUCCUCUAUGCUAAAUACUUUGAUCCUUUACCUUUGAAAUUGAUGGUGCUGGUACUCAUGGUGAUGGAAUGUUGUAUCGAUGAGUGGGCCACUGGAUCUACCUUGCACAUCUCGACUCCUUGGAGUGGUUUGAGCAGUGCACUGCUCCUUACAAACUACUGGAGAAAAAUUCAUGAUAAUCUGCUUGACAUGGCUCGCUUACAUGCUGGUGGUAUAGACCUAUCCAAGACAGCAGUAUCUGUUGACACCCUCGCCAAUGAUGUGUUCAAUGACACGAUCCAAGAAUAUGAAGUUGAAAUGCAAGUGGCGCGAGAUGGGCGUCCUCAAGGCAUAGAGGCUAGUGAUGCUUGA